AAUUAUUUUCAAUUUUGCCGGCAUAGCAGGUUAGAGGAUUUUCUAUCGGUUGGAAAAAUGAUUAUGUAAAGAUCUACGUUUUCAAUUAAUGAUAUUUACCAACAGUCCUCUUAUUGUGCUGAAACGCGCCAAAAUGUAUUCGAGAAAUAUUUCUCCCGCGUUAUCUGUACGGAAUGUGGGGGAAUUUUCCCUCGCUUCAUUACUCUUUCGACAAGCAAUCGUCUUACUGAUCGCACGCAAAAACUAAAAGUAUUUUUAUAUUUUAAUAAAUUCAAACUCUUUCAAAUGAGAGAGUAAGUGCAGCAGCAAAGAGGUCGCAUUUUUUAUCUUAUUCACCUCAUUGCCCUGUCACCGAGAGGAUUUUUAAAUCCGGAGAACAAAACAUUGGUCCUUCGAGCCGGAUUUCCUUGGAGAUAUCACCACGUUUGCUGUUUGGACAUCGCCAUGUUGGACUUUUCCUCAUCGCAGCCACGUGUUUCUUGGAACUAAGCGACGAUCUUCACGAUUUGCAGACCGAAAUGAGCACAUCUCAUCAAUGGAAUGAGCAAAAAUUCAACUCGAUGAAUUUUCCCACAACAUCUGGAUGACGAGAAAAGCAGAGCAUCAUCGCCUUCCUGGAUAUAUCAGAUUCCAAAGGAUGCAGCAAUUGGUCCAGCACUUCUGGAAGAGGUGGAGUUUGGAAUACUUGGCGGGACUGCAAGCUCGAUGUAAAUGGGACAUGAAGGAUGUGGAGGCUGUAAAGUUGGAGUCGCUGGUCAUUUUAAAGGACGACAAUACAGCUCCGGCUCAGUGGAGGAUAGGGCGUGUUGUUGAAGCUCAUCCUGGGAAAGAUGGUCUUUCUCGUGUCUUUUCUGUGCGCACUGCUACUGGAAUUGUCAGGCGUGCGCUGACAAAAUUGUGCCCUCUUCCUUGUGACGAGGAACACAAAGACUGAUUUUUAAUUUUAAUUAACAUAUCCUGUUUUUUCUCACAUUUUUAUUUAUUGUGAUUUUGACUGCACAUAUUACUUUAUAUUUAUUUUGAUUUGUCUUCCUAUUUGUUGAUGCUAAGAAGCAUCAAAGUGGGCUGUAUGUUCGAUUUGCUUAAUUUAUUUUUUAUAAAAAGAAAAUUAUUUUCAAUUUUGCCGGCAUAGCAGAUUAGAGGAUUUUCUAUCGGUUGGAAAAAUGAUUAUGUAAAGAUCUACGUUUUCAAUUAAUGAUAUUUACCAACAGUCCUCUUAUUGUGCUGAAACGCGCCAAAAUGUAUUCGAGAAAUAUUUCUCCCGCGUUAUCUGUACGGAAUGUGGGGGAAUUUUCCCUCGCUUCAUUACUCUUUCGACAAGCAAUCGUCUUACUGAUCGCACGCAAAAACUAAAAGUAUUUUUAUAUUUUAAUAAAUUCAAACUCUUUCAAAUGAGAGAGUAAGUGCAGCAGCAAAGAGGUCGCAUUUUUUAUCUUAUUCACCUCAUUGCCCUGUCACCGAGAGGAUUUUUAAAUCCGGAGAACAAAACAGGUGCUUUGUUUUUUUCAUUAGUAACUAGUAGCGGGGUAUCGGUUCUAUACAAUUCAGUUGUACACAGUGAAUUUCCAUACAGUUAAUUCUGCACUGUUCAUUUGUAUACAGAGAAUUUAUAAAAAUGUUAAACUUAAACUCGAUACAGUUUAAUUGUACACAGUUAAAGGCACUUUUCCUAUGUGACUGCCAAAAUUUCAGGCUUUUUUCAGGAAUUUUUUUUUCACAGAAAAUAAAAUAUAAUUCUAUAACUUAUUUUACAUA